AUGAAGUACCAAUCAGUCGCUUUCGCCACUUCGACCCUCCUCGGCUUCGCGGUCGCUGGGCCUCACCAACGUCACCCCCAUGCCCGACGUGUCGUCAAGCGCGAGGUUCCCCAGGAACACUCGCACGAAGUCUUCCUCGGCAUCACCCGCGAGUUCCUCAACAAGGAGAACCCCAAGGCCAUAGCCGACCCGGUCUUCGGUCUCCUCGGCGACGGAGCGGCCAAGCAAGGUGCCGGCCAAGUCACCAACCUCGCUUGCCUGCAGCAGGAGACCGCAGACCAGGCCUUCACCAACGCCAAAGCGGCCAAGGAUAUCCGCGGCAUGUCGGCUGCUCUCGUCUACCAGACCCUCGAGCGGAACACAGGGGGUGUCGGCAAGGCCAGCGCAGCCUGUACCGACAAGGCCGUCAACCCCGAAAUCGGGGCGUUGAGCAAGAAGCACCAGGAUCCUGCCGCAGACGGCGCGGCUGCGAACAACAAGGCCGUCACUCUUGAGCUGGCCAAGCAGUUGGCUUCAGUUGGAGGUGAUCCGAUGCUCGCCCUCGAGAGCGGUACUUUCGCCCCCGGCGACAAGGCCGAUACUACCGCCAAGGGCAACAGCUGCGACGAACAGAAUGACCCAACUGGCUGCAUCUUCACCCAGAAGAAGCUUGUUCUUGAUGCCACCCCUGAGGAGAUCACCGCUGCCGUUCAAGGUGUCACCCCGACCAUCACCGGAGGCACCGGCGAGCUCAAGGCCACUCACAUUGAUCUGACCGGCCUUCCGGUCGCCGGACAAGCUGGCGGCGCUGCUGGCUCUUCCAACGCUGCCGGCUCUUCCAAUGCUGCCGGCUCUUCCAACGCUGCCGCUCCCAAGGCCGCCACCUCUUCCACAGCCGGUGCCUCUGCCGCCGACAACAGCGACGCCAAGAAGGACAACAAUAAGGCCGGCAAGGAAGCUUCUUGCAAGGCUGGCAACAAGGGCGCAGCAGGUCAAGCCGCGGCGAAGAACGGGACUGCCGACGGGAACACCGGAAACGCCGGUGACGGCGGCAACAAGAACGGCGACAACAAGAACGGCGACAAGAACGGCGAGAACGGCAACGGAGAUGCCAAGGCCGGCGCCGGCGGCGGCACAAACGUCCAGACCUUCACCGGCUCCCUCGGCGGCGCCCCUCCUCCGGUCAUUCAGAGCUCCGGCAAGCGCCCCUUCUCCGUCAACGGCGACACCUUCGUCGGUAAGGGCGCCGCCCUCGGCCGGUCCUGCGACGUCCAGCACAACGCCUGCGCCCGCGCCGUCAACAGCGGCCAGCUCGACGGCGCGGUCUCCCAGUGCGACGAGCAGAACAACAAGUGCCGCGCCCAGGCGAGCCUGCGCCGCCGCCGCUUCGUCAAGCGCCAGGCCGGUGCCGGUGCCGGUGCCGGUGGUGCCGCCACCGACUUCGGCUCGUGCAGCGACCCCUCCAUCGCCUUCAAGGACGUCCCCGGCCGCCAGACGGCCGCCUUCGUCCCCAACAACCGGGGCGACUUCGACCACGGCUCCGCGCUCAAGAUUGGCGUCAUCUCCGGCUUCAUCUGCCAGCGUCUGCAGGACAGCUGCAAGGCCCCGCAGGCCACUAUCGAUAGAUGCAAGCAGGCCGACACGGCGGCUGUCGCUGCCACUCAGGACCAGACUGCCGCGGAUGUGUUCAACAGCAUGCUCACCGGCGGCGGUGCGUCUGGGGCCAACGUCACUGCUAGGUCGAUGUGA